GAAUGUUGUCGGGACUCCCGCUCCAAUGCCAUCAUCGGAUCCGUGCACUGCUCCAUAAUUACACUUUCGAUUUUCCUCCGUUCCUAACUUCCAUCGUUCUUCCAUUUCCCCGCUUCUCAAAAUACACGGAGAAGAGGGAAAAAAGCCCUAAUUUUUUCUCAUUUCCCCCCUAAAAUCGAAACCCUAGCCUUAGCUUCGUCUCUCGUGCUUUAAUAAUCGUUCACUUGAGCUCGGCGAUGGCGGUCGGAGUUUCUUUGCAGCUGCCGCCCCAAGAAUUCGGUGUUAUAAGGAAUUAUGGUGGCCGAUCUAAGCAAUUCAAGAGCUCGGAAAUGAGGAGCUGGUGCCAUUCCCACUUGCCGAGCUUUUCUUUAUCAUCUUCGCGCGCUUUGCGACAAGACAUUUGGAUUCUCCAUGUAUCAGAUAGGAUAUACAGGCCACGGCAACGUGCCUCAUCUAGAUACAACCUUUUCACAUGUCAUUGUUUUGUCAUGCCAAGCUUUUCAGAUGCGCUACCUCUUUUGAAGAACACCGCCUUGGCUUUGUCUAGGUCUUAUAAUGUCUUGAAGGAAGGUACUUUUUUGAGUGGAUCUUAUAUUGUCAUAAAGGAAAGUCCUCUUGUGAUGCGAUUAGCCCCAGCAAUUGGGAUCCUUGCUUUUGCAGUGUGGGGUCUGGGACCACUUAUUCGUCACAGCAGAAGUUUGUUUUUUCAUCGCAAUGAUGCAAACUGGAACAAGAGUAAAACACACUAUGUAUUUACGUCAUACCUUCAGCCACUGCUGCUUUGGACUGGAGCGACACUAGUAUGCAGGGCGCUGGACCCUGUAGUUUUACCUUCAGCAACAAGCCAAACUGUUAAGAGGCGCCUUUUGAACUUUGUACAAUCACUGUCAACUGUACUGGCCUUUGCAUAUUGUUUAACAAGCUUGAUUCAGCAAACACAAAAAUUCUUCAUGGAGAAGAGCAGCUCAGAUGAUACCAGAAAUAUGGGUUUCCAAUUUGCUGGUAAAGCUGUGUACUCUGCAGUUUGGAUUGCGGCAGUUUCUUUGUUCAUGGAGUUACUGGGGUUUUCAACCCAGAAAUGGGUCACUGCUGGAGGUCUUGGGACGGUGCUGCUGACCCUUGCUGGUCGUGAGAUAUUCACAAACUUUCUGUCGAGUAUUAUGAUUCAUGCCACACGCCCAUUUGUUCCAAAUGAAUGGAUUCAAGCUAAAAUUGAGGGAUAUGAGGUGUCUGGAAUUGUCGAGCAUGUUGGUUGGUGGUCUCCAACGGUUAUAAGGGGUGACGAUCGUGAAGCAAUCCAUAUACCUAACCACAAAUUCACAGUUAAUGUUGUGAGGAAUCUUACUCAGAGGACUCACUGGCGUAUUAAGACUCAUCUUGCUAUCAGCCAUUUGGAUGUUAACAAAAUUAAUAACAUAGUUGCAGAUAUGCGUAAAGUUUUAGCAAAAAAUCCUCAGAUAGAACAGCAGAGACUUCACAGAAGAGUAUUUCUGGAGAAUAUCAACCCAGAAAAUCAAGCUCUUUUGAUUCUGAUAUCCUGUUUUGUGAAGACUUCUCAUUUUGAGGAGUAUCUCUGUGUCAAGGAAGCCGUUUUGCUGGACUUACUCAGAGUAAUUAGCCAUCACCGAGCCAGGCUUGCUACGCCAAUUCGUACGGUGCAAAAAGUUUACAGUGAUUCUGAUAUGGAUAACAUCCCCUUCUCAGAGACCAUCUUCACCCGUGGUGGCCGAGCUGUCAACCGUCCAUUACUUCUACUAGAGCCUCCUCAGCGUAUCAACGGCGAUAACAAAGCGAAAGUACAAACUACACCUCGACCAAAUGAAGAACAAGCCACAAAAAAUACUGUAGCAUCAGAACCAAAUCCUACUACACUAACCGAUGCAACAAUACAGAAUGAUUCUGAGAAACAGCAACAAAAUAAGACAAAAUCAGUAGAGAAACCCCAAGGGUCAUCAUCAAAUUCAACCUCCAAGCCUCAGGUUGAAUACAAUGAGAAGCCUCCUGUGGCGGAAACCAUAACUAAACCACUGGAAGUUGUGGUUCAUCCUACGGUAAAGACUGAGAGACCAGCUUCUUCAUCUUCAGUGCCAAAGACAGCUUUUCAGGAGAACAUUGUUCUUAAUGUAGCCCUAGAGGGCUCGAAAAGGACUCUACCAAUUGAAGAAGGAAUGGGACCUGAUCCUUCACCUUUAGAAGCAAAUGAAAUGGCUGCUAGUUGUAGCAAAAAUGGCCCCCUUCCUUCUGACGGUAAAGAUAAUAAAGCUCAAAUGCCGCCAACAGAGAAAGGAGACCAGGAGAGGUAACCAUCAGUAAACAGUCUCUUGUUUGUGACAACUGCUAACGAAGGCCGUGUUUUUGUGAGGCUAUUUUGAUGCAGUUUGGUCCUGUUGCCAUUUUACUGAGGUCUGUCGUGAUUUUUUUCACAGUGUAUAGUACACAUUGAUACGUAUCUCUGGUGAUUUCAGAGCUCUUACAUUGUCACAGAUGUGAUGUACAACAUCAUCAUCUCAGUUUAAGCUUCAUAUUCAGCGGUAGUAAAAACUAAUGCUGUUGACCAGUUCAUGAUUCUUUGCCUGAUAGUUGGUAGAUAAUUCCGGCAUCUUCAACC